AUGGCAGGUAUCAGGUAUCAGAGGACGGACGCAGAGGAGGAGGAGGACGAGGAGGGAAGCACAAUGGACGCCGUGGACGAGGAGGAAGACGAGAAAGAGAGAAGCGAGGGCGAGGGUGAUACUGCAUAG